AUGGAUGUCAUCAAGUUAAAGGCACAGCGUUCAGGCCAUCGUGGAGUUAUUACCAAAGUUUUAAGGAGAAUUUCUAAGAAUGAAGAUGAAAAUGGAAAAGCUGAAAUGAUCAAGGUACUGGAGGAGGAUCGGGACACCUAUCUACGAUCGAUGCUACGAGGAGAAGCUCUUCGCACUGUAUCAGGAUUCAGCUUGACCAAUACCAACUACAGACAAGCAAUAGAUGUUUUAUUUGAAAGAUACGGACAAAAUCACAAAAUCAUCAAAGCCCAUAUCCAAAGUUUAAUUGACAUACCAUUCCCAAAGUCUAAUCCUGACAGUUUGAGAAAUUUCUUCGACAAAAUGGAGUGCUGCAUUAGAGCAUUAGAAGCUCUAGGAACUGAUGAAACCACCUAUGGGACAAUUUUAACUCCAAUGUUAUACAACAAACUACCAGCAGAAAUUCGGAAGAACAUUACCCGGGACAAAGGAGAUGAUCAAUGGGAACUGAAUUCACUGAGGAGAGCCAUAAAGAAGGAGCUUUGUGUUAAAGGUGCCGGUUGCAAGUAG